CACCGUCGGUAUCAAUGGUCGAUAUACUUUAAUGAACUGUUCAUUGCGAACAAGUAAUCCCUUAAUGUGGUGGUGACCUUUGAAUUUUAUGUACGUGCAGCUAGAAAGUACUAUAACUGGCCUUAUGUGUCUUGACCUUUGGAAAUAUCUACGCAACUAAAAUAUUCUCCUAGUGUAGUCUGGAUAUGCCUCCUGAAAAGGAAAUGGAUUUCUUCAAUCUUCUUUGUGAUGGUGUUUUAACGAACUAUUCUAUUUUUGAUCAAAACUUGACAGAGAUGCUUACAUUAAAAGAUGAGCUUCUAAAGUAUUCUCUACCUUCAAAUCUUUUGAUCAACUUGACCUUAACAUCUUCCAAGCUAUACCGAAGUGCAUCCGAAUUGAGCACUCCAAUAAAUGAGCUUGUCCGUCUUGUGAGAUUAUAUUCACCGCAAUGGGAAAGUAAGAGUGAUAUUUUGAAGAAAAUUCAUAAUGAUUUUGAAAGUAAACAGAGACAGUUGGAUAUUGCUCUUAAGAAACUGCAAUUAGUUGGUUUUGCGUCUAAGAAAAUGGAAAAGGAAAAGCGAAUAAGGAAUUGGGAAAAAGUCUUCUCAAAGGUUAUGAGUGCUAAAAGUCAUGGUCACAGAUGGAAAUUUUUGAUUGCAUCGUUGAAAGAAAAGGCAAAAACUGGAGAGAUUUUGACUAUACCAUAUCCGUCCAACUCCAUGAAAGAUAUUGAAAGUUCAAAAUGUUCCAGUGCUUUUCAUAAUUACACUAGCAGUCGAAAGAAUUUCAAACAAUCAACUUUUGCGAAAAAUGAAGCUCCAAGCAUCCAAGUUGACAGAGUCAACAACAACGAGUUACGUAAAAGCUGGGAUGAAAGAAAAAUGUUGAUGGAGGAAAAUCACAUUGGACAAGAUGAAGAUAAAACGAAGCAUUCAUUGAUUUCAAGAUUCAAAUCAAAAUAUUCAUUUGAAAAAGAAUCAGAUUCAUUUCAAUUCUCGCAAAAACCCGGAAGAGAUAUGGUAGAAAGUCCUACUGGUAUUCGUAAUAUCAGCAAUUCUAGAUUGUCCGGUCGAAGACAUUUCAAACAUAAAAACGUGUCUUUUUUUGACGAGUCAUCGGAAAUAAAUAAAACAUGCAUUCAAGAAGACAAAAGCGUUGGAACAGAGGAGAAAGAAUACAAAAGAUUCCUACAUGUGUUGACGUACAAACCUGAAUGUAAUCUAGUAAACGCAGUGUCUGAACCAACGUGUACAAUAAGUUUUGGAAAGCAAAUAUUUAAAAGCAAGCCUUACACUGAUAAUGGUGGGAUGCUAACAUCUGAAAUCGACAACACACCGCCACCAAACAAUCAGUUCCAGGAGUUUAGUUUCCAAUUACCUAACGAUAAUGAAUACACACAUGGACAAGGCUUUACAAACAUCAACUCACUUUGUCUAAGAAUAGCUGUUCAAGGCAAUGAUGGUGAACAAAUCGAUGCAAUGUCGACAAUUGAAUACGACGAAUUGAAUAUUUUGCCAAACCUUCCAGAUCCAGUGGAUAUACCUACCAAUUAUCCACUGUUAUCAUUAAAAUCCGAUAAAGACACAAAGUUCAACGCAGUAGUUGGUCAUGUUCCUAUUAUUUGCUACAAGACAAAACAAGAGAGGUUGCGUUUUGUGGAAAGAUCAUCUCAGACCUUAACCUUUAACGAGUUGGUUGAAGAGAUCCUGGCAGAGAAGAAAAAAAAAGAAGAAGAGGUAAACAAAGAGGAGGUGAAAAUCUACUCAGAAGCUGAUUUUCGCCAAAUAAUGAAUGGACAUUUUAUUGAACUGGAAAACUUGAAGAAAGAAUAUGAACUACAACUUCAAGAGAUACAUCUAUUUUACACAAGUGGAUCUCCAGAUGGUUUUUCAAAUGCUUCGUCAGCCGGACCUAAAGUCGUUAGUGCUAGUACAUCGCCAGUACUUGAAAACCGUGCAUCGUUCGUCAGGUCAACACCGACCACUCGAGAAAGUAGCAGAAGGCCACGUACUGCCGAUUUAACGACAACUCAAACAAAGAAAAGUAAACUUGGGCAAUCUCUACCUCAGCGGGGCAAAGAUCUUCCUGAAAACUUCCUGGACAGAUUGGAAUAUUUUUCAAAAGCAAGUGCCAAAUAUCAUGAUGAAUUGACCCAAAAACGAAGAAAGCGGUUCAAGAGAGUUAUGAACUUCAAUUGGCAACACAGAACAGAUUAAGUGCUAAGCACGAUGAAAUGGAUUUUAACGAUGUAUGCCUCCCUGCCUUGUUUAUGCCAUCAAGAAAUGGAAUCGUAUACUCGCCCAAAGCUACUCUGUAUUUCCAUCCUUCUGGAGCUACAAAGAAUCGUUUUACACAAGCGCCAUCUGUCUUCAAACUUCCAUCGUCCGUUGAGAGAAAUUCUGCUUCAGUUCUGAAUUUAUUCCGCAUGAGUGAAAAUUUCAUUCAUAAUGGACCUUCGUGGUUAGCAUCGGCUAAGCGUUCACAAUCAGCUGUUGUUCCGAGAAAAAAGAGCGAAACGACAUCUUAACAAGAAGUUCACAAAAAUGUAGUAAAUACAAAAUGAGAAUCGUAGAAAAAAGAGAUUUAGUUUCAUUCAACGUCCUAAAUAAAGCAGAAACUCUUUGUGAGGAGGAGACGUUGUACAUCCGCGCCUCGCCACAUUCUAGUUGAAAAAUGUUAGUGGCUAUCGGUGUUUCUCCAUUCUGAUGUUGCAAUUAUAUACGCAAGAUGGAUAUACGACACAUCUUAAUGGUUUAUUUGCCAUUACUCUCGGAACAUUUUUCAAGCUUCCGCUUUUGGCUUUGUAAGCACUGUAAGCACUUCAUAAUUUUUUACGUAAUUCAAUUGCUGUUUGUAAACCAAAGAUUAAAUAAAUUAACAAGACAUCGUUAGCUGGCUUGUACAUGCAAACGGUGGUUGCCUAGCUACAGUGGUGGACUGCAGUGUGGGUGAGGGGCUUGAGGCUUCAGCCCCCAAAUAAUAAUUUUGAAAGAUUUAAAAUCUUUCGCCCAAUCCCUCAAAUCACCCCUAAAUAACAUAACUUUGAUGUUAAGUAAUAAAUAUUUGACAGACUUCUGUAUUGUACACGUACCAGCAGACGCAUUAAAAUUUGUGUAAAUAGGAUUAUGUGUACGUAGGAAUCCUUAAAUGAAAUUUCUGGAGAUUAGAUUUUCAAAGUAUACCAGUAAGCAUCCCUUGAAAUCUCAUCCUUCUCCAAUAAGCCAUAAAGUGUCUGCCACUGCCUAGAUGUUACUGUUGAUCUUAAACUGGAACCACAGCCUUGAUUUAGUAUUAUGUAUGAAUAAUGGUGAAGCCAGCUCGAACUUGCGAAUACAAUGCAAAAUUUUCAGCAAAAUUACUAUUCGUGUCUUUUGAAUAUUAAUUUCAUUCAUGGUUUUUUCAGUGAAUAAACGGAAAAAAUAUUUGCAUUGUAGUAAAGAACGGGCUGUUAUUGGUACUGUGCAUGAAAAUUGAAGUUUUUAACAGUUCGUAUAAGGUAAUAAACUUCAUUUCGUGUAAAAAAUAUCUCAGUUGAGCCUAUGUGUUUUAACAGAAUUUUUGCGAGCUCAAAGUACGAAGUCCAUCUGUCGAUUGAGUUUAACAGAUAUGCUAGACAAUAAAACAUUUUACCUAACACGUA